CAUUUCCCUUUGUGUUUAUAUUUUUUAAUUCUUUUAGAGGGAAACUGAACCAUACCCAAAGUGCUGGACCAAAGAGAAAUAAUGUAUGCUUUUGUGAGGUAUUUGGAGGACGAUACGUGCUGCGCUUUACCCGUUGCGAGUGUGAGAGAUUUGAGACCAGUGCACAAAAGAGAUUUUGAUGAGCAGAAGGUGUAUGUGGUGCUCAGAGGUGAGGAGAAUGGGACAGGCCAGCCAGCCAAGGCGCACAUUCUCGCUCUGGCAGAUAGCAUUGAGGAACUGGAUAACAGUAUUAUGCAAAAGAAGAUGAAAAUUCCUAAAAUGACUACCAGGAAUACAGGACACACCAUAGAGAAUCACUUUGGUGAAGAAAGAACGCCACUCCGACAUAAAAAGGUCCAGUGUCAGGAGCAUCAGCGGGCUUCGAACUCCUCCAAGAGCCUUGCAGCUGUGGUGGCACGUCUGGAAAGAAAUGCCGUGAGCUCAUGUACCGAGGGUGAGGAGCUGCGUGAGGAGGAGGAGCCGGAGGAGGAAGAAGCUGUGGUGCCCCGCGUUCUCUAUGAGGAGCUGGUGCAUAGCUACAGGCAACAGGAGGAGGAGGUUCGGCGGCUGCAGCAAGAGCUGGACCGAACACGCAGACAGCUCCUGCAGCAAGCCAAGAAACUCAAGGAGCACAGCAGCCUGCUGACGGAGGUUAAGGAACUGCGAGAUUUCAACCGCCGCCUGCAAGAUGUGCUGCUCAUGAGGCUGGGUAGCGAACCAAUGCACGAUAAUGGCACUCAGACAAUCAAAGCUGAGGUGGUGGAGCCAAUACCUGAACCACAGGAAAUGUGCAGAGAGGAGGCCAACACGAGCUCCACCCACUCCCCUUCCCCAAGGACCGUCUAUACCUUCAGUGAUGGGAAAGUACACCUAGGUGGGGGCAUCUGGGUGGAGGAGGAGAAGUGGCAUCAGCUUCAGCGUACACAGGGUGACUCUAAAUUCACCAAAAACCUGGCUGUCAUGAUCUGGGGCACGGAGACGCUGAAAAACCGCAGUGUUACUGGCGUCGCAACAAAGAAGAAGAAAGAUGCUCUGCCUAAACCGCCUCUCUCACCAAGCAAACUCAAAAUCGUACGAGAGUGUCUGUAUGACCGUGUGUCUCAGGAAACAGCCGACAGUGCUGAGAUCACUCAAAGGCUAUCCAAAGUGAACAAAUACAUCUGUGAAAAGAUUAUGGAUAUCAACAAAUCCAUCAAGAACGAGGAGAGGAGAGAGUCCAAGCUCCUCAUCCGGCAGACGGUAAAGAUGGAGAACUUGUAUGAUGGCAUGUAGGACCUGCAGAGUUAAUAUCAUAGACUGCUGCUGUGAGAAGACGUUACACCUGAUCACCUGCGCUGCCAUUUUGGAUUUUCACUGAAGCCCACAGCAAGGCCUUUUUUUUUCCUUCAUUAUUUUACUACCCCAUAACACCUCUGAGGCUAUAUGACAGCUUUACCCACAAUCCACACAGCCUACUGUGAGCGGAGUUUGUUGGUAUGUGUGCAGUGAAUGAACAGUGGCUUUGGAUAAGGGGGAUUAUAAGACUUGGCUGUGGAAUAUUGAGGGGAGGGGUAUGUGGUUGUUAAUCAGUCAUUGUUUUUGACAGGAGAGAUCCUUUAAAUCACAUUCGAUAAUGUGUAUGGCACAUCGGCUGGUGUUCUGUGUCAGAACAUGUCCUAACGUCUAAGUCUAGAAUGAAGACUUACCUUGAAAAGAACUGUUCUGUUUUAAGGAGAACGUUCUUAUAACGCUUUGCUCCUGCAGUGUCUUAAAUCAGUUGAUCGGUUGCUCCCUUAAGACUCCGUUGUUCAGAACCAUUAUAAUCGGUUAAUUCUUAUUCCCAGUAUAUUGAGGAGUUGGUCAUUCAGCUGUUUUCUUCAGUAAGAUUUGAUGAUUGUGCUAAUGACAAUGUGUUCUCAGACAAACUCCUUUGUUUCUCAGCGGAGCAGUCAGUUUUAAACAGGUUUAAGGUUACGUUAGUAAAUCUGCAUUUACCGAAUAUGUUUACAUAUCAACCGCAUGCUUUAGUGUAGUCUGUUUUUGCUUUUUUUAGGUGAUGUAUCUAAUCCUUUUCACAAAUAAACAGAUGCAGCACCUUUUAGAUAACUGUGAUUUAAGUUCCGUAGUGGAUUAGAAAGUUGUUGACAUUCGCCAACCCAGUUGUUUCGAACCAUUAUGUAGUAAGUUGGGAACAAGGACUGGGAUUUUACGUGUUUGAUAUGGCAAUCACUUGGAAUUGUGUGUUUUAUAGCAAGCUGUGAUUAUAAUAUGAGCUGAUAUUGCUUAACCUGCACUUUGGUGUGUGUGAGUGUGGUAAAAUGGCUGAAACAGUGUGUGGAUGUAGGCAAAGCUGUCAGCAGCGCUUGGUGUUACACGUGGUUUUGUUUUCCCCUGCCCUUUCUCCAAACCAACCAGGUGGAAUCCCCAGAGGAUGACUGGGUCCUCUGCACCUCCUCAAGGGGGAGAAAUUAGAGGGGGUGAUUUUUAAAGUGACAACUUCCAGUGAGCCAUGCCAUCCAUCCUUUUGCCUCUUUUCUUCAUUCCUCCCCCCCCCCCCCCCCCCCCAUUCGCUAUCUCCUAUUUUUUGCAUUUCACAAAACGGUUCAUGUGGCUGUGCAUUUAAAAAGGCCUGCUUGCUGCAGGUCCUUAACUGUUCUUAACUGUGAUGGCAUACUGCUAACUGUGAAUCAACCUCGAAUCUGCCUCUCAGCCCUUCCUGUCUCAUCAUUUUUAAUUUCCUGUCUUUGUUGAUUUUUCUUACCAAAUACAUGUACAUGUUUUUUAGUUCAUGGAUUUUGUAGAUGAGAUAUUUUAUUAUAUAUUUUAGAUGUAUUUGGAUCUUGAUGAUCUAUGUCCAGGCUGCACCUUAUUCUGCUUCGUCUCCUUAUUUGAAACGAGUCCUCAUCGCGUAUCCAUACGAUUCCAUCUUUCCUCCAUGCCUGUUCAUGCAUACAUUUUCGUUUUUCUUUUUAGUCUUCGCUUUGCUCAUCACAGAUGCAUUAUCUCUUAAUGGAACGCUGUCAAAGAAGCAAACUCCUAUUUUAAAUUAUAAUAGCUAAUUUACACUUGUCAGUUAUCACAGUGCUCCUACGAUCACAUCACUGUGAGUCAUUUGUAAAGGAGUAUCAUUUCACUUUUUUGUUCCGUUUUCUGUAAGUGUGCUUAUUAUUCAAACCGAUGUAGUCACCAUAUACGACAGCACUUUAAUCGUAGGAAAGGCCAUGUCAUAAUGUUGGACAAAUAUGGAUCUUAAUAGUGAUAUUAAGGGAUUUUGUUUUUUGUUUUUUUUUCCCCCCAAAUGGCUAAUCAGAAAUCUUCGCACUUUUUUUUUUUUUACAACUCCAAAGUUGAAAAAGAUCCCAUUUAUGCUUCAUAGCUAGGUCUGUGUAAGAAACAUUUACUUUAAUUGUAACUUAUCUCUAAUAUGUUUGUGUAAUAAUGACAGAAUAGACCAUUAUUGUAUAGUUUAUGGUUCAAGGUUAUAUUUUUCUGUGAACUUUUCCUCUAUAUGUCGAUGUGUCAUGUGCUGUGUGCUAUAUGUUGCCCCACUAACUGAAUAUGUGCUAUAUAUGAUAAUGGCUCUGUGGGUACACUGGAAAACACCAGCUUUAAUUUGGCUGAUGUUGAACGAUAGCCAAAAGAAACUGACAAUCCUCAUGAUCAUCCUUUCAUAUUGAGAUUUGUCAGCUGUAACGUUGCCUUGAAAAACAGAAAUUCCUCUUCGAUAGCCACUCACUCCAAGUGAACAGCUUUCACACGCAAUAUGGCUGAUAAACGUAACGUCCCUUCAGUUGUGAACCCUACUAGGGAAAAUAGUGACUGUGAAAUGUACAAACGUACUAUAUAUUGCCAUGAGAUUCUGUAAUCGUAAGAUGCUUAAAAGCUCCAAAAGCAAACCGGUACACCUCUCUGAGAUAACGGUCCUCUGGUCCACACUAGUGAACUUCGUCCGUCGUCAUGUUUGUGUCCAUGCUUUAGUGACAUCAUGGUGGUGCUUAAGCUUUGAGCUGCUUGGCUCCCUAAAGGUCCAAAACAACCUGGAUGCAAAAAAGACCAGUAUAAAGUAUCGAAGCGGAACCAUCAGGCCAAUACUUGGGGAUCAUUAAAUCAGUAACAGUUUAUUUUUUUUAAUUUAUCUUUAAGUUGAUUUUUUUUUUAAAUGCUAUAUGUGAAUAGGUAUAGGUGUCAGUAAUCUAAAGCUCCUUGGUGGUGGAUCAGUAUAAGCCAAAGUGGAAUAGUGAUCAUUCAGCUUGAUAUGAACUUGCACAGAAUUGGCCCAUGCCAAGGUCCAGCAUCAUCCAAGCUUUAAAAAAAAAAAAGAGGCUAAAUAUACGUUUUGGUUUAAAAAUAUAUAUAUAUAAAUAUACAUUUAUAUAUCUUUCAGAAUAUGAGGUUUUGCUUUUCUCAAGAUUCUAUUUAGCUUGCAUUUGUGCUGUUGUGCUUAAUUUCAUAUUAGAAGAGCAUUAAGCUUUCAGUGGUAUAGAUCUGCAUACUGUUCUUUCAAGCAGAUUUUUUUUUUCAUUUAAUCAUUUAUUAUUUUUUGUUUUAAUUUUGUUUUUGAUGCCAAAAGGGGGAAUAGGGAGACGAGUUAGAAAAGGCUGAGCUAUGUGUGUAGUGUAGUAAGGAUUUGGCUUCCUUUUUAAAGCCACAUACACAGAUUGUGAGUCAAAUGCUGAGGACCCAUCCAACGUAGACAAAGCUGCCCAGUCCUCCACUCAAGCUCUUCCUGCCAGCACCAUGUCAUUACUUCCUGUUCAGACUCAUCCUAGCAGGUUCAAGGUCUCAGCCCAUGUUACCGUUAUUCAGGGCCAGGCUCAGAGCAGUUCAUUUGCAACUCCGCUUUACCUUGAUUUCACAAAGAAAGUAUUUUUAUAAAACCAGGACAGGUGAUUUUUGGCAGGAAUGAAAUGUGUACUAUCUGAAUCCUACCUCAUGGCUUAUCAUGUCACUUUAGUUAUGUGCUCCAUUCAUAGCACCUCACUCUACACGGGCACAGGUUUGUAAAUAAAUCAGUCUGUAUUGUAGAUUUUUAAAAUCAUAUAGCUGAUUUCUGCUUUUUUUUUUAAUGGUAUGUAUUCAAUAUGAGCCUCCUUUGAGUCUGCCUGAUUUGUAUAGGAGUGAGUCAGUCUUUCUAAUACUGUGGUUUUGUCCGUGUCGUUUGUGCUGUAAAUCUUUGGGUUUUUUUUUUUCUCCUUAUUGUUUUGUAAUUUUCUGGUUGAUGGUGCUACCAGCACACGUGUCAUUUACCUCAGAUGGUGCUACUUUUUUACUGUGGUGGAUGUCAGUCAGUGUCACAUGAUCAAAAACCAGUUUCCUUUUUCUUUUUAAUUGACCUUAAAUGAAACCAGGACAGACGUGUCUUGCUAGUCACACCACACAUGCCAUGACAUUUUGUUUAAUUCAUAUUUGCAGGCAAUUACAUGUCGUAUUGUUCUCCAGGUGUUGAUGGAUAACAUUUUACAGUAUGUAUAGUUUCAUUAACAGCAAAAUAAAAUGCUGUAGGGAGCUUCUUAAUCCCCACAGUUGAUCUACCUGAAGGGUACUGGGCAGUGUACCGUGGUCCUCAGCAAAGAACUUAUCCAGCUCCACUGUAGUUACCAUUGAAACUGCAAGAAAUUAUAUAUUUAGAAAAUAUUUUAGAUAUUGCAAUACAGUACAGUGUAUUUUAAAGAGUUUAUAUAACUUGCCAAAGUGAUUUUCUCCCAAAGACAGUUUAUUUGCAAGGUCUCAUAAA